AUGCACCCAUUCCAGUGGUGUAACGGGUGUUUCUGUGGCCUGGGACUGGUGAGCACCAACAAGUCCUGCUCCAUGCCCCCCAUCAGUUUCCAAGACCUUCCCCUCAACAUCUACAUGGUCAUCUUCGGCACGGGCAUCUUUGUCUUCAUGCUGAGUCUCAUCUUCUGUUGCUAUUUUAUCAGCAAACUCCGGAACCAGGCACAGAGCGAACGAUAUGGAUAUAAAGAGGUGGUUCUUAAAGGAGAUGCCAAGAAGCUGCAGUUAUACGGGCAGACCUGUGCCGUCUGCCUGGAAGACUUCAGGGGUAAGGACGAGCUGGGUGUGCUCCCGUGCCAACACGCCUUUCACCGCAAGUGUCUGGUGAAGUGGCUGGAGGUGCGCUGUGUCUGCCCCAUGUGUAACAAGCCCAUCGCUGGCCCCUCCGAGGCCUCCCAGAGCAUUGGGAUCCUGCUGGACGAGCUGGUGUGA